AUGUUCCCUACUGUCGUAACAGACUUUGGCCUAAAUAUGCUACGGUAUGCGUCGGCUAACGACUCUUUGGUGGUGUCACCGAUCUCCGUAAUCCUCGCUUUGGCAAUGAUCCAGGCUCGGAAGGAAUUACAAAGAGCGUCAGUAAUCGAAAUGGAAGAGUAUUACUCGAAGCUCUUUCAUCAAAUCAUGAACCCAACGAAUGGCGUGAAGACCAGGAUAGCCAAUGGAUUUUUCUUAAACAAGCAGUUCAAGGUUGAGAACGACUACGAGCAAAAAAUUGGAAAGGUGUACGAGGCAAAAGUUGAGGCUUUGGAUUUUGAGAAAGCAAAGGAAGCUGCUAAGGUCAUUGAUGAUUUCAUUGCUCGCGCGACUGAGGGAAAAAUUCGUGACAUGGUGAAUAAAGACUCAGUUGAAGACGCGUACUCCUUAGUUGUCAAUGCUAUCUAUUUUACGGCGGAAUGGAAGUUCAAGUUCUAUAGGAGCUCAAAUUCCAACGGCACAUUCUACAGCUCCGCAGGGAAGAAACGAGAGGUUGAAUACAUGAAUGAUUUUGAUGAGCACAGGCUUUACGCUAAAGACAACGAUCUCCAAGUUCUUUCUCUUGAGUAUUUGUAUACUUCGUAUGCACUCAAUAACUUUUUGCCAAAAAGCAGAUUUGGUCUCCACGAAGUGCGAUCAAGGCUGACAGGAGACAAAAUUCAGAGUCUCCUCUCGAAGUUGAAAGAAACCUACAUUUCGAUUACAAUCCCGAAGAUGAAGAUUGAGACGGACUUCAAAUUUAAGGAGGCACUGAUUGGUAUGGGUGUUACGGAGAUGUUCAGUAAAAGCGCAAACUUGACCGGAAUCAGCAAAUAUCCUCCGCUCAAAGUUUCCCGUGCUGCUCACAGAGCCAUAAUUGAGGUCGAUGAGGACGGGACGACAGCGGUGGCUGCUACAUUCUUCAAAAUUGUACCAGAGUCUGCGAUCAUGGAAGAGCCAGUGAAGUUCAAAGCCGAUCAUCCGUUUUUGCUGCUUCUCACCAAGAUAACAAUCCUCUAUUCAUGGGUCAAUUCGUUUGAAGACUUUGGUUUACGUGGAAAAUGUGAACAUUGCAAGAAAUGA